ACCAUCACAUCACAAGCAGACGAUGACGCAUCACGUGGUACUCACCCUGGUCCUGUCCUUGGCCUGUGGACUGGCAGACGUCAGGGCGUGUCCAGCAGACGCUGUGACCCUGGCCUGCAACAUCCUGGCCAAACACAACAGCGGGAAGGUCGUACUGGCCACCGCCCAUUUCUCUCGCAUAACGGACAACGCCUUCGCUCUCAACAACAUCCGGGACAUGUGCAACGGGAAAGAGGCCAGUAGAUCCAGCUACUCAUGCAGUGAAUGUAAAACUAAGCCUGCACCAGGUGGAACUGUCUGCAUCUCCUCCAAGGUCCUGACCUACCUGUCUAACCUCAUAGACAAAGGUACAGUGAAGGUGAAUGAGAUAGCAGGUGCCUGUCACAGCUGUACGUCCAAACACUACUCAGGUACCGCAAUUGACCUGGACGAUGGACCAAGAGAUGCUGAGUACAUGACGGCCUGUCGCAACAUAGGAGGCGUGGCUAUAGACGAAGGCAACCACAUCCACUGCCAGUUUUAAGCUCGUUUAAACAAUCGCUGCAAUUUAUUUUUACUAUUAAAUAUGCUAUACCUU